AUGAGGUACAAAGCUAACAGCACCUCCCACACUGACACUGAGAACCAAGCUCAGAGUUGGACUCCUUUCCUUAGACGCACAGCAAAUGAGAGGAAACUACUUCUCUUGACCAUUUGGUUUAAGCUUGCAGAGUUUUUUCUUGAAGCUGAGAGGCUUUUCUCGGACUUGACAUUAGAAGAAAAGAAGCUGAGAGAGAAUGCGGGGUGACAAGGAGGCAGGGGCAGUAAAUGUUCUGGUGUCUGUGACACUGAUCUGCACUUUCGUUUAUGUUUACUCUGAUAUUGAUGUUCUAAAUGAGAUACUCCAUAAGAUUCUAUGUUGGUGUGCGGUUGCUCUUGCAAGUGUGCUUCUGAAGGAUGUUCUCCAGUCACGGAUGGAUGUUUUUUGUGAUUUAAGCAGUGAAUUAUGUCAUAGAUUUGUUGAGAAUUUAGGCAUCAGUGGAUUAUUGGGGCCAAGGAGACACCGUGCUUCUUGUCAUUGUCAUACCACAAGCGAAGGAACUAGUGGUUUCUUGGUUCAAAAACUGAAACAUGAUUUGAUAAAAAAAAUCUAUGACGGGGUGUACCAAGUCAAUGUAGAGACCAUAGGCCAUGUCAUCUAUAAUGUUGGACCACGAGUUGAUUCACUAAGUAGAGAAUCGUACAAUUUGGCAGUUGCAUGCUCUAAUGAGUUUGUGUUGAAGACUAUUUUUUGUUUCAAUCCAAACUGCAACCAAGUUUGCUAUGUAAUGGAGCACUACGAACAAAAUUUCAAACAAUGGUUGCAAGAGAAUUAUCUCUCUGAUCAACAAGGCAAAAAUCUGAAUCCAGAAUUUCUUCAAAUUCUUAGGGAUGUUUUAAGGGGCAUUGGUUAUCUUCAUCAUGUAAAAAAGAGAUGUCAUGGCAAUUUAAGUGAGACAAAUAUUGUGAUCGUGAAUGGUCGGGCGAAGGUUACGGGAAUGGUAAAUGAUAUUUCUAAGACUAGUCUAGAUGAUUAUUCAGAUUAUUUGCACUUGGCCACCAUUAUUAGAAGAUCCUUUGGAACCAAGCAACAUGUCAUUCCAACAGAACUUGAGUUGUUUGUUACCUACAUUUCAACAGAAAAGCCCAGCCGGUUGCUCAAUAUCGAAAAUCAUCCAAUUUUUCUAUCCCCUUUACAAAGAUUGAGCUACAGGGUGAUUGCUCAUACAAUCUUGUACUUUGGGAAGUCGAAAAAGUCCUUUGUGUUGGCGCUAAAUAAAAAGCUUGGUAAAUGUAAAUGGAAGCACAAUGUCAAGACAUUUCAUAUGGUGCUUAAUCGUUAUAAGACCCUGCGAAAUUUGUCUAGCAAACAGAGGAAAAAUUUUCAAUAUAAGCAGUCUGCCAUAUCUUAUAUGAGGUUUUGCAGAAAUGUUGUGGUGCACCUUAAGGACAAUAAUUUUAAUCGAGAUCCAGGGAGUAAGAAAUUGACUGCAAAGGAAGUCGAGGAAGAGCUUAAUGGAUACUGGCCUCAGUUCAUGCCCAUUUUACAUGAAAUCCUUCUUGACCAUGGCCAUCUUAUGGGUUCUCAAGUGAAAUCAUUGGGCUGUUUCUCACAAAUGGAUAUGAGAGAUAGUAGUAAAUUUGCAAGUGAUCAAUGUGUUACUCUUCAAGGGUACGGAAGAGCUGAUUUUUCUGCUGGCUUGUUAAGGGACUGUGUACAGAAACAACUUUUGAACUUGUAUAUACAUAUAGACGUGCUAUGCAAGGGUUUUUCUUUUGGAUAUAGAAGACUGUGUAUAAAUGAACUUCCAACAAUUUCCACACUACUCAACAAAAAAAAAAAAAACCCUAUUUCCACACUUUUCUUGUGA